AUGUUCGACUACAACCUGGUCACCCCGUCGGGCCCGGCCACCGUGCGCAUUGGUCUCCCUCAUGCCUCCCUGCUGAAAUUUCCUCCCAACGAACUCCCCGCGACUCUCCCGGCACCACAACUCGCUGAACCCACCUGGUACCAGCCAUUCAACAUUCCUCCCGAGCUCUAUGACCAGCUCCUCGACGUCCGUGUCCCCGUUACCAUUGCCUCCCUCUAUGCCAUCACCGUCGUGCUGCUCAAUCGCGUGAACAAGAGUCGCGGAUACAAGCCAUACGCUUUCAGCCAGACCCGCUGGUUCAAGGUCUUCGUCAUCCUGCACAAUGUCUUUCUUGCUAUCUACUCCGCUUGGACCUUCGCUGGUAUGGUCAGGGCCUUCCGCAACUCGAUGCCCGGCUUCAAUAACCCCGACGGGCUAGUUGGGUGGGCGGAUUCGCUGUGCAAGAUCGGCGGUCCUCGUGGAUAUGGCAAUGCCGCGCUAUACAACAUUACUACGGAGCAAUGGACCAUCCCCAACCCGCAGUUCUCGUUGGUUGAGGGUGGUAUCCCGGAUCCGCUUGAUGAUGGCCGUCUGUGGAACCAGGGUCUUGCCUUUUUGGGUUGGAUUUUCUACCUCUCCAAGUUCUACGAGGUUUUCGACACGGCGAUUAUCCUGGCCAAGGGCAAGAAGAGCUCGACUUUGCAGACUUACCACCAUACCGGUGCUAUGAUGUGCAUGUGGGCUGGUAUUCGCUACGUCGCGGCCCCGAUCUGGAUCUUUUCUCUGGUCAACUCAUUCAUUCAUGCGAUGAUGUACACCUACUACACCUUUACCGCUCUCCGCAUCCGUGUCCCCGGUAUGAUCAAGCGGUCCUUGACUACGAUGCAAAUCACCCAAUUCCUCUUUGGAACCACCAUGGCUGCCUCGUAUCUGUUCGUUAGCUACACCCUUCCCUUCUGGGAUGCGCAUGAGGCCAGUGCUGGUGCUGGUAUCUCUGGGUCGUGGUUGAAGAAGCUUGGCUUGGCCUCCAGUCAGCAGCAGCCCAUUGGUGUCCCCAGCGUUGGUUCGAAGCUCCCAGACGUCGAGUACCGCGUGGUCCCCUGUCUGGACACCACUGGUCAGACUUUCGCCGUUUCGCUCAACGUCUCGUAUCUUCUGCCUCUGACCUACCUCUUCGUCCGAUUCUUCGUCCGCUCCUACCUGUACCGCAAGGAGCCUAGUGCUCCCCAGCCUACCCACAUGCACGCCGCUGAAAAGGCCGGUAUGGAUGCUCUGAAGGGCGUCAGCCGCGAGAUCCAAAAGGCUGUCGAGGUCAACGGCGAGACCAGCGAGACAACCGAGGCCACCGAGGAUGAAGCAGCUAUCAAGGCCCAGACUAGCAAUGGCAAGGCUCCUAUCGCUGUCAACAACCAGCCCAAGGACUCUCCGAUCAGAACGCGCUCUUCGGCUGCCAAGAAGGCUGCGGGUGGUCGCCAGGAGGGAUUCUCGCCUGUUAAGAAGGGAGUUAAGAAGCCUGAGGGCGGUGCUGGUAGCUCUCCUGCGCAGACUACGAAUCCUUACGGGGUUUUACAGUCUUAG